GGAAUGUAACAAAACAAGUUACAAAAUAUUUAAUCGGGCCUAACAAAGUAGUAUUUCGACAUAACAUACGAUAGGCUGUAGAGUUUUAAUAAUAGUUUUAAAUUAUUUAAAUCAUGCCUGAUAUUAUAAUUAAUGGAAUUACUAUUAGCUUUCCUUUUCAACCAUAUUCCGUUCAAGAAGAAUAUAUGAGAAAGGUUAUUGAAUGUUUACAGGACAGUAAACAUGGUGUUUUAGAGUCACCAACUGGGACUGGAAAGACAUUGAGCUUACUAUGCUCAUCACUCAGUUGGCUAUUGGUGAAGAAAGCUCAACUGCAAGCUCAGGCAGCUGCGGGUGCUACAGAUAAACUAGAUUUUGGUGGGCAAUUUUUUAGUAAGUUAACAAAUAGCUUGGAUAAGGCUGUGGGAAAACCUGAUCAACAGACAAGUAGUUUUGGGCCGACUUUACCUAAGAUAAUCUAUGCAUCCAGAACUCACUCGCAGCUUUCACAAGCUAUGCAGGAAUUAAAAAGAAGUUCUUAUAAGCAUGUUACUGCUGCUGUCAUUGGUUCAAGAGAUCAGCUUUGCAUUCAUCCUGAAGUAUCCAAGGAGCACAGUUCAUUUAUUAAGAUUCAAAUGUGUCAGGCUAAAGUCAAAGGCAGGACAUGCUUUUAUUAUAACAAUGUAGCAUCUAGGCAAGAUGAUCCUAUAUUUAAGCAAGAAAUAAUGGAUAUAGAGGAUCUAGUAAAAGUAGGACAGAAAAUGAAAUGCUGUCCUUAUUUUUUAUCGAGGGAACUCAAGCAAAGGGCUGACAUUACCUUCAUGCCUUAUAAUUAUUUAUUAGAUCCUAAAACACGGAAAACACAGGGAAUUGAGUUACAGAAUAAUGUUGUUUUACUCGAUGAAGGGCAUAAUGUGGAAAAGAUGUGUGAGGAGGCUGCUUCGUUACAAAUAAGUAGCACAGAUAUAGCUAUUUGUAUUGAUGCAAUAACAGCAAUAAUGCAAGAUUUUGCCAAUGAAGCAACGAAUUGUGACUUUUCUCAGGAUAUAACUAGUAAUUUACAAAAGGAUUUUUCAUCCGAAGAUUUAUGCAUUUUGAAGGAGAUGUUCCUAGAGCUCGAAAAAGCUAUUGACAGCAUAGAAAUAAAGAAACGCGAAGAAGGUGAAACUCUACCAGGCGAAUAUAUAUUUGAACUUCUUGAAAAAGCACAGUUAACACAUGGCAAAGAACAACUGGUGAUUGACAAAUUGGAUAAAAUAAUACUUUAUCUAUCGACAACGAGUACUUCACCAUUUACUAGAAAAGGAAAUGGCCUUCAAAAGUUCAGCGAUUUGCUCAGAAUAGCAUUCAGUAGUGGCGGAUCUUUGCAACAUAGACAGAAUGUCAUGCAAUGUUACAAGGUACAUAUUCAGUUCGAGGAGUCAAAAAAGAAUUAUAAGAACGAUGGAUGGGAAAUUAAGAAACCAUCAUCUACUAAGAACGAAGGGAAACUUAUUAGUUAUUGGUGUUUCAGUCCUGGUUUUGGCAUGAAACAGCUCGUCGAACAAGGAAUACGCUCAGUGAUUAUAACUAGUGGUACCUUGUCUCCACUGAAACCAACGAUUUCAGAACUUAGUAUACCAAUUUCUGUGCAACUUGAGAAUCCUCAUGUAAUAUCUGGUUCACAAGUUUGUGUCGGCGUUCUCAGCAAGGGACCUGACGGUUAUCAGCUGAAUUCAUCCUAUAACACAAGAAAUAAUCCAAAGUACAUUGCUUCGCUUGGCCGUACUAUAUACAACUUCAGUUGCUUGAUACCAGAUGGAAUAUUAGUAUUUUUCCCUUCGUAUUCAAUAAUGAAAAAAUGUCGGGAUGAUUGGCAAAAUACUGGUCUAUGGACUCAAAUAGCUGAUCGCAAGCCAAUUUAUGUGGAACCACACACAAAAGAUGGCUUUGUAAAUGUAAUGAAUGAAUAUUAUCAAAAAAUUCGAGAUCCCUCUUGCAAGGGUGCAUUAUUUAUGGCUGUGUGCCGUGGAAAAGUGAGUGAAGGUUUAGAUUUUGCUGAUGCAAAUGGUAGAGCAGUUCUGAUAACUGGUUUACCAUAUCCACCUUUCAAAGAUCCACGAGUUGUUCUGAAGCAAAAAUAUUUGGAAGAGCUGAGAUCAAAGAAUAAAGAGGGUCUCACCGGUAAACAGUGGUAUCAGCUUGAAGCAUCACGUGCUGUUAAUCAAGCAAUUGGUCGCAUAAUACGUCACAAGAAUGAUUAUGGUGCAAUUAUCCUUUGUGAUUGCCGUUUUGAAGAUUCUAACUUCAAAAGUCAAUUGUCAGCAUGGUUGCGACCGCACAUUACGAAAUUUGAUAAUUUCGGAACAAUCACUAGGAAUCUCAGAGAAUUUUUCCGGCAUGCUGGUGCUACGCUGCCACGGCCGAAAAUGCAAGCCUUACGUAAUGAUAUUAAUGAAUAUUCCUUGCCGGCUGUUCCGGCAAGAUUUGAUAUUGCUGUUUCAAGGCCUGUAAAAACAAAUGUAAAAGUUGAGGCAGAGAGUACGUUAAAACUGGAAGAGAGCAGUAUAGAGUAUUCUAGUGAUAAAGCUCCAAUAGAAAAUUCAAAAGAAAUUGAUUUCACGGAAUUCACUGAUGUGCUAAGUACAGCGAGUAGGACUGUUAUCAACUUUAGUGAUUGCAAGUUAAAAGAUGAUUGGACCAGAUGUGAACUAACACAAAUUGUAACAGAACCGGCUGCGAAGAAACGUAAACUUAAAAUACUGCCAUUAGGAUUUAAUGCUAAUGUUUCUGAACCUUCUACAUCUAGAGAUCUUACAUUUGCGGACACUACCAAUAUUAGUACGCAAUCUGAAGAGACUACAAAGGAUGCUGUGAGGAAUAAAAAACGGGAGUUAGGAAUAAAUUACGUAAAGAGUGUUAAGCUUUCAUUAACCAAAGAGAAGUUCAAGGUAUUUAGAACAAUGGCAGACGCUUACAGGAAGCAUGGCAAGUUCGAAGACUUAAUGAACUCUUUGGAAUAUCUAUUUUCGGCAAAGGAAAAUCUCCAACAUCUUUUCGAGGGAUUCCGAAUGUACUUGAAGAAGGAACAUGAAUCGUUUUUCGAUGAGCAUAUCAAGAAUAUGAAAAGAAAUUCUCACUUGUCAGGCUACAACAAUGAGAUUGCAUCAAGAGAAUGUACUUCUUGGACUCUGGCCAAAUUCUUUGAAUACUGACUAUGUAAUUUUAACUUAUAUUCUAAAGUCAUGGCUAUACAAGAUCAAUGAAUUAUUUGAUUCAAUUAAUUCAGUGAUGUAUGAUUGGAUUAAUUAAUGACAAUGAAAUUACUCUUUCUGCAUUGUGCACAUAGUAAAGUAUGUUCAAUGAAUAAUUUUUUAAUCAAA